AGCUUAAAGUGCUGAGACGAGGGCCCCAUUAUGCCAACCUAGCAUUGCAGUCGUUACGGCUGCUAGAGGGAGUGAUUCACAAUGGAAGUUACUGAUAUUCUUGACUCUUUGGAGGACCUGGGAUACCAGGGUCCACUUCUAGAGGAUGGAACUCUUGAGACAGCUGUGACUGGUGGUGCUGAAUCUCCAGAGUUCACCAAACUGUGUGCGUGGCUUGUGUCUGAGCUGAAACUCUACUGCAAACUAGAGGAGAAUGUGCAGGCGACCAACUGUCCAAGCGAGGCGGAGGGGUUUCAGCUGGAGAUGAGUGGUCUUUUAGCUGAGCUGUGCUGUCCGUAUCCUGCUCUGACCACGGGAGAGGUCACCAAACGUCUGCUGAAUGCUAACAACUGCGUCUUACUGUUAAGCUUCUUGAUUUCUGAGCUGGAGUCAUCCAGGAUGAUCGUGGUGAAUCAGCCUCAGAAGAAGGUGCAGGAGACGGGAGGCAGUAAAGUGUUCAUGGAGCUGAAGGGCAUCUGUAUGGCUCUGGGCAUGUCCAAACCUCCAUCCAACAUCACCAUGUUCCAGUUCUUCAGUGGUAUUGAGAAAAAGCUGAAGGAAGCAUUGGCCAAGGUCCCUCCAUCUCAUAUAGGAGAACCUCUUAUGAAGAAACCACUGGGCCCUGUACACUGGGAGAAAAUUGAAGCAAUUAACCAAGCACUUGAGAAUGAGUAUGAAGUCAGAAGGAAAAUGUUGUUGAAACGACUGGAUGUGACCGUUCAGUCUUUUGGCUGGUCAGAAAGAGCCAAGACGCAUGCUGAUAAACUUUCGAAAGUAUACCAGCCUCUUCGUGUAGCACUGGCCACAAAAACCAGAGUGUCUGUGGCUCACCUGUUUGCUGCUAGAGAAGAUUUAUCAAAGAUCCUGAGAACCAGCAGUGGCCACACCAGGGAGAAAACAGCCUGUGCCAUCAACAAGGUUCUGAUGGGUCGUGUUCCUGAUCGAGGAGGGAGACCCAAUGAAAUCGAACCCCCACCUCCAGAGAUGCCCACAUGGCAGAAACGCCAAGACGGUCCACAAGGUGGCGGUGGAGGAGGCCAGUAUUACUCUGGAGGAGGAAGAGGUGGAGGACGAGGGGGUUACGAUCAGCAGCAGGGAGGCCGAGGAGGUCACGACAGGGGAGGUGGUGGAGGCGGCAGAGGUGGGAGAGGAGACCACCGGGGAGGCAAAGCCCAGGGCAACUGGCAGGAUGGAUACCAAGGUCAUUACCAGGACGGAGGAUAUCGAGGGGGUUACGGAGGAGGAGGUGGCAGUGGCGGAGGUGGCUACCAUGGAGCCCAACAAGGGUCAGGAUACCAAGGAGGAGGCUACCAAGGAGUCCAACAAGGACCUGGCUACCAAGGUGGAGGAGGAGGAGGAGGCUACCAGGGCGGAGGUGGCGGUUACCAGCACGAGGGCUACUAUCAGGACGGAGGACGACACCAGGAGAGAGGUGGAAGAGGAGGUCGUGGAGGAAGAGGACGGGGAGGAGGAGGUGGAGGAAGAGGCACUGGGCAGGGAGGAGGCUGGGGUGGAAGAGGAGGGCAGAAUUUUAACCAGGGCGGGCAGUUUGAGCAGUUCUUCCAGCAAGGUGGGCACCAGUACAGCCAGGCAGGGUUUGGCCAGGGGAGACAGUUUACUAGCUGAAAACAGACUGUUUCUGCAAUCCAUGGCUUCAAAGAGGACCCAGAAUUCUCUGAGGGCGGGAAACCAAGAGAGAAGUACACAGGCCUCUGAGCGAGCAGGUAGACAUUACAUUUCAUCAUUCCCAUGGUGCCUCUGGAGUCUGCUUUACCGAGAUCUCCUGUGAAUGAACAGUGGGCUUCUGCAUGUGUACUGUUGGUCAAAACGGUUCUGCUUCCACCAGAGCAAGUGUCCAAAAAACUCCCAGGAUGAACUUUGCGUUGCUGGGCUUCUUUUCUUUCUCUUUUUUUAUUUUCUUCUCCUCAUUGAUGAUCGACAUCGGUCCAGUCUACUGCCUGAUCUACGCUGCCCCGACUCUGAAUCUGAUGAAGCCUUAUACUAGACAAUUUAUGAAGAACAUUUGUUUUUCUAGUUUUAUUUAUGGAAAUAUUACUUUGACAACAUUAGUUCUCAAGGUCCAUACUGUUAUUUCAGGAAUCAGCACUUAAUGGAAUUUUUUUUGUCUCUGUUUAACAUGCGAGACAGUCUGCCAACGGUUAUGUGUGAAUGUUUAUUUGCUGACUGACUGUGUGGAAACCCUAAGAUUGAUUGAUUGACUGACUGAGUUGAUUUGAGAUUUCUGGUGUUUUGGGAAACAGUGUUAAAGAUCACCUUUACAAUGUUAAAAGGUUUUUGAAUGAAUUAAUAAACCAAGACAAGAGCUGA